AAGGUCUCAUUCGUCCCGCCACUCGAGCCGAGGACGGACGUACGCGACGCGCGCGUAUUUAUGAACGAACUCGUUCAUCGGCACAUUGCCCAGUGGUACUUAUAAUUGUGUAAACAAAGUGUUCAUCCAAAUACAUGUGUAUUUUCAUUCACUAGUUGUGUGAUGUGACAGUUAUGACAAGUGUUUUGAAGAAAUCUAGAGGUACAAAAGGAAAAUCCGAAUCAAUGCAGGAGGAUUUGCCUGCGAGAUGGAUCAGCUCCCAGCAGAAGACGGAGGAUGCUGGGAAACUGAUAAAAUACAUUAAUGACAAUGUAAUUGGAAAUGGGAAUGCAUUUUGCGGACCUUUUGGACGGAGAAAAGUGGUAUACUGCGACUACAAUGGCUCCGGCCGGGCGCUGGAGUGCCUGGAGGAGUACGUCGCCAGUCAUGUGUUACCCACACAUGCGACCAGAUGUACAGCCCUGUCGUACACGUCGGGACAGAGUGAGAUCUACAGAUCGGAAUCGAAGCUGAUAAUCCGCUCAGCGGUCGGCGCGGGCGCCGACGAUGCUGUCGUGCUCGGCGCGUCGUUGCCGCGCUUCUUGCGCGCGCUGCGGCCUGGCAACGUCGCGCUGUUCGUGUCGGCGCGCGAGACAGAGCGGCAGCUCUCGGUGUGGCGCGAGUUCGAUGCUGAGAUCGUCAAAAUCCCAGAAACAAAAGAAGGGUUCAUCGACCUGAACAACCUAGAACAGAAGCUUCAAAGAUACUCAGGAACAGGCAAGCGCAUGAUCGGCUUCUUCCCCGCGGCAUCCAAGCUCACAGGAGUUUUAGCCGACGACGUGGCUACAACGCUCCUAUUACACCAGUACGGCGCUUGGGCCUUCUGGGACUAUACUUUAGUAGCUCCAACGUGUGCGGUUGAUAUGAACCCGACAUUCCCCGGGGUCGAAGAGGAGAUGGUCAAGAAGGAUGCGUUGUUCUUCAACUGUGAGAAGUUUGUGGGAGGAGUGCAAGGGCCGUACGUGGCUGUUGUCAAGAAGGACGUGUUUAGAAAUACUCCGAUUUAUUCUGAUGAUGUUGAGGUUCUCUGUGAAAGGAUUGAAGAGUGGAGAUGCACGGACGCGGUCAGAACAGCCCUCGUUAUGCAGCUGCGAGAUGCUGUGAGCUUGCAGACGAUUGCGGACAGACAGGACAACAUUACCAGACAAGUCCUAUCCCACAUCAAGAACAUUCCUGAGCUGAUCCUCCUCGGCAGCGAGUCUCCGACCGCCCGCCGUCUGCCCAUCUUCUCCCUCAUGGUGAAGCAUCCUCGCGGCACGUUCCUCCACCACAACUUCGUGUGCGCGGUCCUGAACGACGUGUUCGGUAUCCAGGCCAGGGGAGGGCUCGACAGUAACCUGAACUACGGCUCGGAUAUACUGGGCAUUGAUGACCAACUGUUGAAGGAAUAUGAGAAACUGCUGCAUGUCGAAACACAAAAGGAGAUAGCACGAGUGAGGAAACUAAGCGCUGUCAAGCUUCCUGAUGUACCCAUACACAACGAGCACCUCAGGCCUGGCUUCUGCAGGGUCUCUCUACAAUACUUCAUGUCCGAUAGCGAAUUGGCGUUCGUCCUUGAGGCAUUGAAAAUGGUUGCUACUGAAGGAUGGAAGAUAUUGCCGCAAUACGUGGUGAACCCGCAGACGGGACAGUGGAAACACCACACAUGCUCCACACUAAGAGACAGAAAAUCCCUGUAUUCAUUGAGGUUCAAUGACGGAAAAGUUACGGCCAACGAAAGAAGAGUCUCGGGUCCUGGAAUAUUCCCGCAAACGUACACAGAAUGCUUGCAAACUGCCAGAAAUCUAUUCAACCGGGCAAGGAAAUUGGCAAUGAAAUGUUCGACAGCCGAGCCGGAAGUCAGUUUCAACCCGCGGAUCGACUAUCUGCGCUGGUUCAUGUUACCCAAAGAGGCCCAUGACCUUCUUCUGGGGCGGUCAGCGAAUGUCAAGCAUAUUGUGCCAUUUGAUCCUUCCGGAUACACCGGGGCCAGAAAGAGUCUACACACGAGAGCUAAUAUCACCUCAUCUCCUAUCUUAGGUUCUUCGCCGCGUCACUUCAGUCUUUCGGCUAUCGACGACUGUCAGAUAUUUAGAUUAAAGCAGAAACAAAAGUUCUAUUCAAGAGAGUCUAGCCUUAGAGAGACGCCGCCGAAGGAAGAAGGUACUCCGACGUCGCAUCCAGUUAAGUUUGCUGUUGGAGAAUCAAUAUCGCCUCUUCGCCUGUGUCCGCAGUCAGCACAGCCUCUGUUGAUUCGAUCGAGAUGCUAUAGUUUAGGAUCAGAUAGCCCUGCUGUAGCAUUCAGUGCCCAAACAAAACUGAACCUCGGGUUGAAGGAAACUAGUCCAAGCAGUAUCACUGAGAAAAUUAGUUUCUGCAACUGCGGGAGUCAGACUGAUCUCCAAUCGUUGGAUGAUCCCAUGAUCUCACCUCCAGUAUUUCCUUUUAGUACUCAAAGCAGCACAUCUGACUGUAGUCAGCUUGGACGCUCAUCUCCAACGACGUCUUUGACAUCGCAGACAUCUGAGGAUCUCCAGGCCUAUGUCAAAGAGAUGACAAAAGAUAUAUGUACUGAGAUUAAGUCAGAAAUCCGCGAAGUAAUAUCCAGGGUAGAUGAUAUUUUGGAAAAUUCUGAAGCGCUUGAUCAGUCGAAUGUUAGUAUAAACUCAAUUUCUAGUCAGAGUGAUAGGAAUUCUGUAUCAGUGAUGGAUGUAGCUGAGUAUCUAAUGGGAAUGUCAAAGGAAAUGGCUUCUGAAGUCAAGAGCGAGAUCAGGGAAAUGGUUAAUCAGGUUGACGAGAUGAUAUCACCUGAAUACACCGGAAAUAGUUCCAGAAAGAGUUCACCUUCACAAACGGGGAGAAAGAGGAUAGGAUCUGGGCCGGAGUUAGGAUUAGAUUUGAAAAGAACAUCGCAGUGUUUGAGAAAGUGCCCUACAAGCCCUGUUCUGCCGACUCAGUUGGAUAUGGAAGAAGAAAAUAGAUGCUUCAAAAGAUCGCCAUCCUCGCCAUCGCCAAAAUCUGCUCAGUGUACACCUCUGCACGAAGCUUCGGGCCCGCACAAUAUUUCCUUUAACUCCAGUGAAACUUCAACGCCAGAAACUAUUAUCCAGGUGGUGACGUCACAGAACUCCCCAAACAUGCCCAAGUCGAUAAGCUCAAACAAACUCUCUGACGACGAAGCUUGCACAGACACGACCUGUAGACAUUGUUCUGUCAAAAAACAUUGGUGCCAAAAUCCUUCAGUCAGCUCACAAGACAGUGGAAUUAACAUGUGUUACACUGAGACUGAUUCAUAUUUAGAGUUCGUAAAAUGGCGAACGUCUUCUGACCCAACAACAACCAACAAAACCAAGAAGCUGCAAGGUAGACUGAGAAUGUGCCAAAAACAUGACAAAAGCGAGGUGCCAGACAUCAUCGAGGGGGUGCCAGUGUGUUCAGGUGACCACGGACGCUCCGCCAAGAGAUACAGUGAAGUGGUUGCUGAAGGAAGAGUGGUCUUUGACAUACCUGACGACCAGGAGAAUAAAGACAGAUGUAAGGAUAAACGGUCGAGCCGAUCUUCGAACGCGUCGAGCGGUUCCGAGAACAGCUCGCGCUCGAGCGGGUCGAGCGGCUACGGGACCGACCAGAGGGACUCGCGGGACGAGCUCUUUGAGAAAGGCAGCUUGUUCAAGCCUGAGUGCUGCUGGGAGGAGUCAGAGCAGGACGACAGCAGUGCGUGCUCCGAUACGUCGCUACCCGACUUCACUUUGGACGACGAGGGCAAGUGGCAUUGCCCUCCAAAGGAUGUGUGGAAGCCCACGGUUGAGGCGAUUCAAGAAUACAACAUGAUCCGAGCGGGCGACAAGGUGCUGGUGUGCCUGUCAGGAGGCCGGGACUCCAUCGCGCUUCUCCACACCAUGCAUCAGUACCAGUUCUAUGCGAGGUCCAAGGGCACGCACUUUAGCAUCGGAGCGCUAUUCGUGCACGAGUCGAACUCGGACGUGGACCCGCUGCACCUCAUGGCGUACUGCCGGACCCUGGGCGUGAAACUCAUAUACCAGGACAAGCUGGACGAUGAGGACUCGCAGAGGCGUAACAGCAACCGCGCAGAGCUCCACCGCUGGGCGUCGCACGCGGUCCGGCGGCGCGCGUACGCGGCGGCGGCCGCUCACGGCUACGGCGUCGCGGCCGUCGCUCAGCAUCUAGACCAUGCCGCGAGAGCGUUCAUAGCUAGCGCCUUCCACGGCGGAGCGCUAGGGACUGUCAAGGCUCAUUAUCGAGUCAGGGAGCACUCGCUGCGCAUAAUCCGGCCGCUGAUCUACGUGCGCUCGCGCGCGCUGGCCGCGUUCGGCGCGGCGCGCGCGCUGCCCGACCUCCGCGCGGGGGCGGCGCAGGCGAUUCCCGACGCGCGAGCGCACCACGCGGACAAUGAUGGGUUACUAAAACUGCUAAUAUUUACUUCCAGGCAAGAACGUGAGCAUUCAACAGAAUCGGUACAAGUGCGGCGUUCCAUCUCGGAACUGGACUGUGCGAGAGAUGUGCUGGCACUGCACGAGAGACUGCAUCCGUACCUGUUCAGCAGCCUUAAGAGCGCCUUGCAUCCACUGAUCAGCGCAAGAAACAUCGAGCAAGAUCUGAAAGAGCAUAGACACCGGAAGAAGUCUGUGAUUCAAAUGAAGAACGGAGCGCCGGUGUACGACUCCGAGGAGGGGACUGACGAGGAGCCCGUGCCAUAGACAAACUCUCUGUCGAAUUAUUGCUUCACGGUACAGAGGGGCUACCGUAAAAACCGAAAUUGCGGGGAUCUUUCUCUUUUACUCCAAUGAAGGCGUAAUUAUAGAGUGACAGAGAAAAAUCCCCGCAAUUUGCGAACUUCGAUUUUCUCGGUUGGAAAAAAGAGUAGAAAUUAAAAAGUGGCAAUACUGUAGUGUCGUCCCUUUCAAACCAAUUAAUAUAAGAAAACGGGACGACACUAGUGUUGCCACUUUUUAAUUCCUACUCUUUUUUGGCAAGCUGUAGGACACUGGUCUUUGAUUAAUUGUAAUUGAUUAAAUGAUAUCCGCCAAUAGGCAGCCAUUUCAACAUUACUUGACUCAGUGGUAUUUUAUUGUCAAAAAUAUUGUUUUCGACAAACUUACCGGCUGUUUUAAGCUAAUUUUACGGAUACGUAGUGUACGUAGUACGUACAAGUACGUACAGUCCUAGUGGCCUAGGAGUCAAAAUGGCUGUACAUGUAGAUGUAGGUUACAGAUUUGUAAUUUUUUAAAUAAUUGCAUGAUUGUUCAAUGACCAGAAUCGUACAUUGACAGAGUAGUUAUAUAUCUGUUGUAGUUUUCGCAGAAAUAUUAUUGUGAUGUUUCAGUGAUUAUUUUAAUAUUUGUGAUCGAGAAUAGAUUUUAAAUGUGGUGAAUAUUUUGACCUCAUAGUUUGUACGUUCGAAAUUCAAGUCAUAGUGUUGUGCGAGUGUGAUUAGAUUAAAAAAUAUAUAUUUAGGGUUGCCAUAUUGAUAAUUAUUUUUUCUACUAUAAAUGAAAUAGGUAUGUAUAGCUAUAUUUCAUACGUUAUUUUUUAUGCGAGCGUGUUAUUAAAAUGCAUUUGUAACAGGAACAGUACGUUCCAUUUAUUAUACAAAUAAUUGCAUGUUUUGUUGAUUGUAUGAUUAUACUGUUUUAUACAUAUGAAAAUAGAACAGUAGAUAUAUUUAUUGCGUCAAGUUAAAAUAUUUUCUAUGGCGGUUCUAAUAUACAUAGUAAUAAAGUCCAUUAUUACCAAUUAUAAAUGUUGUUCAGAUUUCCUAAUUUUAAAGUAAGAGUUAAACGUGUGACACAAAAAGGUGCCAGUCUUAUUUAUAGAAAAUUUCAGUUAGAACUUAAAUUUAUUGGGUUCCAUAAAGGCUACCAGCAUACAAUGUAAAAUGUAUUGGGGUAAAUUCGAAAGAAAAAAAAAACAAAAAAAAAGUAAUGAAUAAUUCCAAAACGGGACUCCUAUUAUAACGGAGUAUGAGUGAUAUGUCAUUGUAUGGAAUAAAGAAACAAACAUAAGCUAUAAGCAAGUAUGAAUAAGGCCGGUUCUCUUGAACAUGUGUAUUUUUAAGUCAUUGUAGAAAUAUCGAAUUACUUUGACUGCUGUAAAAUAACAAUAAAGGCGGGAUCCCACCAGUGUGCUGCACUGUGCGGUAAAAGCAUAUUUGUACUGAAUAUGAUUGGCUGCACAGUGCCGCACGCUGGUGGAAUCCCGCCUUUAGGAAAUGUCGGUAACAUAGUUUGAAAAUGUCUAUAGAAUUUCUUUGCAAUAUUUUCAUCUGUAGAAUGAAUUACUUGAUCUAAAACAUGGAGUAAUUCCGAUUAGUCCCGAUGAUUUUCUGUAAGAAUUGGGAGUCUUUAUAAUCUGAGGUCUAGUAUACUGUUUCAAAAAUGUUUCUCUAAAAUCUUAGUGUAAGUGGAUUGUCUAUUAUCGUUCGAUAUUACCUUUACGUUGCAUAUAUUUUUUCAUUGUACAACGAUGAUUUUAUAUGGCCCGUUUUAAAAACUGGCAACAUCAACAGCCAGGUUCCAUUUUUAAGUAAUUAUAUUUUUUUUUAAUAUUAAAAUUGGAAUAUGGCAGUUGGUGUGAGACUGAUUUUGAUUUUAUUAAAUAAGACUAUUAAUCAUUAAUUAUGUUAAUAAAAAGUUAAACUUGACAUAAAUUGGUUAUUAACUUUUAUUCUUAGCCGUUUUACGGAUAUGAUGAAAUUUUAGUUAAUAAAGCUUUUUUAUUGA